AUUGACCUGGUUGACGCGAAUCCCAUGCGGUCUCAACUCUGCGGCCGUGUUUUUCGUAAAACAAGCGAGAGCUGCCUUCGAACACGAAUAGGCGAGGAUAAAGGGCGCGCCGCCAUGAGCGGCACAAGAACCGAUGUUAACGACGGCGCCGCGCGCCCGCCGCUGCUUCAGGUGGCGCGCGAGCGCUUGCGUGAGCAGAAACCUGUGCGCGAAUCAAGCGGUGAGUCGGGUUCGCUGACGUCGCGUCGAUGGCGCGUGAUUUUUGCGCGCUGGUCUAGACGGCGCCUUGACAUUAGUCGCCAUCAUCUCGUCCCACAAUUCUGGAGUCGUGGUCUCGAGGUCGCCGCGCGGGAAGCACGCCGCCGCCGAGUUGACGAGGAGGUCGACCGAGCCGAACUCUGCGACGGCUGCAUCCAUGAUUUUCUUUGCCGCCGCCUCGCCGUCCGCGAGAUCGACGGCUACGAAGGCCCGCGCGCAGAUCUCACACGACGGGACUCCCGAUGGACCAUGAGCGGCUACUACUUCGCGUGCGAUAGUGUCCAAGGUCUCCCCGCCACGCGUGGCAUUCCUCCCCGUGACGAGAAUGCCUCGCGCGCCCGCUCGGGCGCAGGCGAUAGCAAUGCACCUGCCCAGGCCACUCGUGCCUCCGGUGAUAAUGACAGCCUUGCCCUCUAACGAUUUGUCCACUCGGAGCGUCGAGAGCGGCGGACGACCAUCGGUGGUCUUUGAGAGCGGCUGCUGCUGCAUCGCGGCCAUCGCUGCGCACGGCUCGGUUUCGCAGCAGUGGCGACUCGUAGACGUCAAAAUUAGUGGUUUCGCAAGCGAGACUGAUAAUUAGAGCAGUGCAGGCCUUUGGCG